CAAGCCCGUGUCUUGUCGGAACACCUCGAUCCUGCAUUUUCUGCCGAACUUGUACACAAUGAAGGCGCGUCUGGUACAGCUGCCACUGGCUCUGAGGAACCCGUGUCUUCUUUAAAGCUGCUGGGAGGCGAUAUGCAUAGAGACUUGUACAAGAUCGAUGCUCGCGCUAAGCUGCAUCAUCGCGCUGCUACCUUCUCUCAUCCGACGGGAGGAUUGUCCACGGAUGAACGAUUCGGUCUUCAGCGAACGACAAGACAAGCCCAUGCGCCAGGCGCUUUCAGACGCGAAUUCAUCAACCAUCAGCAGCGUCGUAUCAGUUCUUUCACUGGACCCGUUACAAACAACUUUAUUGAUUUCUUGGAUCUCUAUGGUCAAUUUGCUGGCGAAGACUUGGCCGAGUCGGACAACGACGAGUCCGUUUCAACCGACGAUGACCACUUGACGCCUGCACACGAGGUCACAGAUGAAUCUCGCCCUUUGCUGGGUCGAAGAAAAAGCUCACGAGUACCAAAGAAAGGUGAUGCGAGUAUUGUCAAGACAUUCUUUCUGCUUGUUAAGUCCUUCAUCGGUACUGGAGUUUUGUUUCUACCGAAAGCCUUUAGCAACGGGGGCAUUCUAUUCUCCAGCAUAGCACUUCUUGCUGUCUCGCUUGUCUCUUGUCUCGCGUUUCAUCUGCUUUUAGAAUGCCGAAAGCAUCAUGGAGGCGGCUACGGGGAGAUUGGUCAAGCAAUCGGUGGCGACCACAUGCGAACCAUCAUUUUGAUCAGCAUCACAGUCUCGCAGAUUGGCUUUGUGUGCGCAGGUAUGAUCUUCGUCGCAGAGAACAUGAGCAGCUUCCUGGCUGCUGUUGGCAAGACCUCGGACUCACCAUUGUCAGUCAGUGCUCUUUUGGCCUUGCAAUUAGCGGUCCUAGUACCCUUGGCACUAAUACGCAAUAUCGCCAAGCUAGGCUCCUCGGCACUUCUGGCGGAUGUCUGUAUUCUUAUCGGACUAACCUAUAUAUGGUACUACGACAUUGCUACGCUGCUCUCUUCCGGCGCUCACCACAGCGUUCGGCUUUUCAAUGCUCACAAUUUUCCUCUCACCGUGGGGUCUGCCAUCUUCACUUUCGAAGGAAUCGGGCUGCUGUUGCCCAUACAAUCAUCGAUGGCAAGACCUCAACAUUUUGAACGGCUUCUCUACUUAGUGAUGCUACUCAUCACCCUGUUAUUCUUAUCUGUUGGGGCACUUUCUUACGCGACAUUUGGCGAGCACACUAGAACAGAAAUUAUCACGAACUAUCCACAGACAAGUAAGCUUGUGAACGCAGUUCAGUUCUUGUAUUCGCUCGCUGUCUUGGUCGGAACGCCCGUUCAGCUAUUUCCCGCUAUGCGAAUCUUGGAAGGCGGACUCUUCGGGCAUCUCUCGGGGAAGAGAGAUAUUCUGACGAAGUGGAAGAAGAACAGUUUUAGGUUGUGCAUGGUUCUUGCAUGUGGUCUGCUUGCCUUGCUCGGCGCGAAUGAUCUGGAUAAAUUCGUGGCUUUAAUCGGGUCAUUUGCUUGUGUGCCUUUGGUCUACAUCUAUCCAGCAUUGUUGCACCUGAAAAGCGUCGCUUCUUCACGUUUCGUACAGGCGGUCGAUAUUCUACUCAUCUGCACUGGCAUCGUGGCUAUGGUUUUCACAACAUCCGUCACCGUCAUUCGAUGGGCAGAG